AGAGAAUCGCGCACACACUGAGUCUGGCUCCUCCAACAUGGUGACCCUUUGUUAUCUGCUCUUCACCAGCUUUGUUUGCAUGGAUCAUCUGGAAACUCCAUUUGUUGUUGCCGUUUUGGAGAUGCACUAAAAGUGGCUCUUCCCAGCACUCAGCAUCUCUCCAACGGAGGACUCAAGGACUCGUGCGACCACCUCGACGCGCAACAGAAGGCUGUCUCUCCCUCUCUGCCACACCGGACCAUACAGCGCACAGGACAACUUUCCCUCGCAGUUGUCACGUAUGGCUCUGCCUUUGCGCAAAAGCGCGACUCUAACAGCGUCUUGGAGGAGAAUGAUGGGAUUCUGAGAUAUAGCAGACAGCAACAAAAUAGCUAAAACACGCUUCAAGGAUUUUUGAAGAGAGUGUUCACUUCGCGCAAAUAAUGAUCUCCAAGUGCACAACAGGAUAUCUUAUUGUUAACGCGUAAUUAUCCCGCUGUAGGUGUACCUCCGACGCAAAACCGUGUAUCCUCAUUUUACAUUGUCAUGGAUCUGUGGGGAGUUUAUCUCUUUCACCUCAUAACUUUGGCCCUGUUAGAGGUUAUACUGGCCAGCAGAGACUGCUUGGUGGCCGGAGACUCGUGUUCCAGUGAUGAGACCUGCAGCCCACGUCUACGUACUUUGCGUCAGUGCGUGGCCGGCAAUGGCAGCAUGAAGCUGGGCCCCGGGGCCAGAAGCCAGUGUGCCAAUGCAGUGUCCGCCCUCCUGGCCAGCCCCUUACAUGGCUGCCAGUGUAAACGUGGAAUGAAGAAGGAGAAGAACUGUUUGAGCAUCUACUGGAGCCUUCACCAGUCUGUCAUACACGGACUCAACCUGGUGGAGAGUUAUCCCUACGAGACAGUGCAGAGGGAUUAUGACUAUGUCCGCUUGGCCUCUAUUUCAGCUGACUCUGAUGUUGGCAUGGCAACUGUGAAUCGCUGCCUGGAUGCAGCCAAGGCUUGCAAUGUGGACGACUUGUGCCAGAAGCUUCGCACAGACUAUGUCUCCGCUUGUAUCAAACCCACUGCCAAGUCGGGCCUGUGCAACCGGCCUAAAUGCAACAAGGCCCUGCGCAGGUUCUUCGACCGCGUUCCUGCCGACUACACACACGAGCUGCUGUUCUGCCCCUGCACGGACACGGCAUGCUCGGAGCGUCGAAGGCAGACCAUCGUACCCAGCUGCUCUUACGAAAGCGCGGAAAAACCCAGCUGUAUUACACAGAUGAGGAUCUGCAAGGCUGACUAUGUGUGCAGGUCUCGUCUGGCACAGUUUCAGUAUGACUGCGAACCUUCCAAAACAUCUGCCAACGGCUGCAAGCAAGGCAACUACGUGGCCUGUCUUCUCGCCUACACAGGGCUCAUAGGAAGUAUAAUAACUCCCAACUAUGUCGACAACUCCACGUCAAGCGUGGCCCCGUGGUGCACCUGCUCAGCCAGUGGGAGCCAGAGAGAGGAGUGUGGAGACUUCCUGGAAUAUUUCACAGAAAACAUCUGUCUCAGCAACGCUCUCAAAACAUUUGGAAGCGAAUCAGAACAGCAGCCGACUCCAAGUCGGCCCAGCUCACCCAGCCAUGACAGGAGAGAAAGCAAGAGCACGGCUUCUCCACCAGAAACCAGAGAAACUAUGAAGAACAUUCUCGAUGCAAUAAUACCGACGCAGGCCCUCGGGAAUGAGCUCCUGGUGGGUCACUCCACCCUGCCAUCCAACAGUCUCCCAAACUCCGCCUCACCUCACAGCCUAGUGCUUCAACCUGCCCUCAGCCUUCUGUUGUUUCUCUUUCAUCUCAUCAACAACGGACACUAAAGGCUGCAGAGAAGCAUACAAAGGACCCUCCUAGAACCAAGCAGAUGGGGGGGACCAGAGGUGUUCAGAGGAAAAUGGACCUCCUUCCUAAAAUAUGUACAGCGAUUCAGUUUUUUCUAUUUUUGUGUCUACAUAGUCGGGCUCCAGCUGCCCGUGUUCUCACUCAGCGUAUGGGAGCCCUCUGCACACAGAUGCCAGUCUGUAUGUUAUUGUCGUUGCGAUAAAGUCCAGCUGAAGUCAAGUCCCAGUACUGCUUUUGUGGACUAACCCUGUUUUUCGACUGUCAUUCUGUGUGUGUUUUCAAAGUUACAAUGAAAAAAAAAUAUAACACGGA